AUGACUGCAGACCAACUUGCACGAAAACGAGAGCGUGAUCGUCUCGCUCAGCGGGCUACUCGUGCAAGAACACAAAGCUACAUACAGCAACUCGAGCAAGAGAUCCAAGAGCUUCGAGAUGGAACCACACUCGAAGAUCAUAGCGCCAAUGUGAAUACGCUGCAGGAGCUAUACCGUCGCAACAAAGCUCUAACAGACGAGCUGGAGAGGUUACGGGGCCACUCCGAAGAUCUAGGAGCCGCGGCAGCCAUUCGUCAAGUUUCCAACGGCGAUUUAGCCGGGACACCGGUAGUCCUAAUGGAUCCAUCGUUCGAACAUGCGAUCCAUUCGCGGUCGGAACCAUCCGGCUCCUAUGAGUACCUCGGGGACUGUUCGGCUCUCUUUGGGCAGCAGCUGCUAUUAACGUCCAAUCCGUUACAUAUUCAACCCUCAAAUAGUCACCACAGCGCAGCGAAACAAGGAGAAGAGUUGCAAGCACCAGAUCUAUGGCAUGACAACGCAGCCGCAAGCUUUGGCAUGAUAGAAAGCUGUUUGACAGCGCAACCGGUUCCUGCCAAGUCUUACUAUUAUGAUAAUAACUGCCAAUAUAUGGGGAGUCUAAUCCAAAAUGAACUGCUGGUGUCUAAUGGACAACACGGCUGCCAACUAAGCAGCGAGGCAGCCACUGCCGCGGCUGCACAGGUAGAAUGCUUCCAAUAUAUAGCAGAUCCACCGCCGGGAACAGCGGCAGAUGGAAAUUACCGGCCUUGA